AAGACCUUCCAAGAGUUCGACUUGGAUGGUUCCAACACGAUCAGCAUUUCGGAGUUGGAGGCGGUGUUGCAGCAAAUCGGCCUCGAUCCACCAAUGGACAUCGUCUACGCCAUAUUGGAGGCGAUCGACAUGGACCGGAGCGGUGACAUAGACUUUGACGAGUUCUGCGCUCUUUUGACCAGAAUGCUGGGCCCCGAUGGUAAGGUUGACAUUGAGAGAAUGUUGCGCAGUAUGUUUGACAGCAUGUCCUACGAAGCCAAGCAGCGAAAAGCG